CUCAGUGAAAUGCGUGCGCUCGCAGCCUCCACUCCGCAGUUGCAAGCUGCACCGCAUUUGGCAACUUUUGACCGCAAAGGUUUGAAUGAGGACCGAGGGGCACGCGAUUCCACCCAGAGAAGUGAUCAAUCAAAGGACUUUUCAGUUGAGUUGAUGCAUAACUUAGACGUGCUUCCCCUCAACAUGAGGGCAUGUAAGUGAUUUUUGAAUACUGAUCACUGGGCUGCCUUGCUGUCAAGAAUUCCACAUCUAUUUUUUAGAGUUUCGGCGAACCGAUCUUGGCGCAAUUACGCACGGAGAGCGCCAUGGCACAUAUUCUGGACAGACGUGCGCCCGUUUUGCUUUUGGUCUGGAGCUACUGCGUCCUGGCGGAUACAACCUUUACGAACUUCACUUUGGACAAUGAGUUCCACUCCAGUUUUAUCCACCGCCGGCUGAAGAGCCAGGAGCGGAAGGAGAUGCAGCGGGAGAUCCUGUCGAUCUUAGGACUGCCGCACCGGCCGCGACCUCACCUCCACGGGAAGCACAACGCUGCCCCGAUGUUCAUGCUGGACCUGUACAACGCGAUGUCAACGGAUGGGGACGAGAAUAGAUACUCUUACCCUUACAAACCCAUCUUCACAACCCAGGGCCCACCGAUUGCCAGCCUGCAAGACAAUAACUUCUUGAAUGACGCUGACAUGGUCAUGAGCUUUGUGAAUUUAGUGGAGCAUGAUAAGGAAUUCUUACCAGUGCGGCGGCAUCAUCGAGAGUUUAGAUUUGAUUUGUCCCGCAUCCCAGAGGGUGAAGCCGCCACUGCCGCUGAGUUUCGUAUUUACAAGGAUUUCAUCCAUGAAAGUUAUGAUAAUGAGACCUUCCGGGUCAGCGUCUACCAGGUGUUGGAGGAGCAUUUUGACAGGGAAUCGGAUCUUUUUCUGCUGGACUCGAGGGUGAUCUGGGCAGCAGAGGAGGGCUGGCUGGUUUUUGACAUUACAGCCACCAGUAACCACUGGGUACUGAACCCUGACAAAAACUUGGGUCUGCAGCUGGCCCUGGAGACCCCAAACGAAGAGAGUAUCAAUCCUCAUGUGGCCGGGCUGAUUGGUCGCAGUGGACCUCAGAACAAACAGCCCUUCAUGGUGGCCUUCUUCAAAGCAACUGAAGUGCACCUGCGAAGCAUCCGCUCAACUUCAGGAGGAGGCAAGCAACGCAACCCCAACCGAUCCAAAGCUGCAAAGAGCCAAGAGGCGCUCAGAGUGGCUAGUGUUGCAGAAAACAGCAGUGCUGAUCAGAAGCAGGCGUGCAAGAAGCAUGAGCUCUAUGUCAGUUUCCGUGACUUAGGAUGGCAGGACUGGAUCAUUGCUCCUGAAGGAUAUGCUGCAUAUUACUGUGAGGGAGAGUGUGCCUUCCCGCUAAACUCCUACAUGAAUGCCACAAACCACGCCAUUGUGCAAACACUUGUUCAUUUUGUUAAUCCAGAAUCUGUUCCCAAACCUUGCUGUGCACCGACACAGCUCCAUGCGAUCUCUGUGCUCUACUUUGAUGACAGCUCCAACGUGAUCCUCAAAAAGUACCGCAACAUGGUAGUCAGAGCAUGUGGCUGCCACUGAACCAACAUCAUCUUCACAGAGAUGCACUCAUACGCACACGAUGAGAGGGGAAGGAACAGAGCGCUCGUGUAAAAUGCAGCAGAAGGAUCGCAGAGUUUUUUGUGCAUUUUAUGUGGACAUAUUAUUGUAAGGCCAAACAGGAAAAUUCCCCCCUAUAUUUGUUUAAGAUAAAAUAGAAAUGUACUUCCUGGUUAUGCUGUCAUUUUUAGCAGUAAAUGUAAAAGCCCAUAUGUUCCACAUGAAGCAAUGUUUGGAAAGCAAUCUGCAUAUAAAAAAAAUAAACAGUAUAAGACUUCAUGGAAGAUGUUCAUUCAGCUAAUAAAUAAGAAAUAAACUAAUCAACAAUACUUAAAUAAAAAUAAAUAAAUAAUAAUUUUUAUUUCUUUAGAUCCUAUUAAAAAAAUAGCAGUGUGAGUCGGUUUAGAAAUAUAUUUUACUGAUAAAAAUAAUAUUAUUAAUCAAUCAAUUUCCAACCUUCUUGUGAAGGAGUUUGCAGCAUAAAGCCUUAUAAUGAAGCCUCUUUUUUCAUUUUCCAUUUUCCCUUAUAUUUUCAAUAGGAUCAUUUGCUUGCCAUGUGAUGGAAAUGAGAUGUCCCCAUUCCUACUGAAGGUCAGUCAGUCAGUCAGUCAGUCAGUUAUUUUCUACCGCUUAUUCCAUAGUGGGUCACGGGGAAGCAGGUGCCUAUCUCCAGCAGUCUAUGGGCGAGAGGCGGGGUACACCCUGGACAGGUCCUACUGAAGGUUCAGUGACUUAUCUAACCACAAUGUUAUGUUGCACUGAUGUACUAGAUGUAGAGGUAAAGACAUCUUUAAAGACAUCAAUGUUCUUUUUUCAGUAAUUUCCUCCUUUCAAAGUUUCAGAAUAUUUGCACCGUACAGGUUGUAGUCUUUCAUGUAUGAUAACCUUGAGUAAAAACACAAAGAUUUCAUAGCAUUUGCACAAAAAAAUAAAACAAAGAUAUAUAACAUGAUCUAACUGUUUUUGCUGGUGAAAGAAAAGCAACAAUUAUUCAUUGUGCUAAAUUAAUAUUAGCUUGUUAAAUAAUUUGGAUGUCUGCUUAGGCACUGUAGCUAGCUUGCACUCAGCUGGGAACUGUACUUUUAAAACACUGUUUCCUUAAUAAGAGUGAUGGGUGGCACCCUUUAGUUUCCAAAACAUGGCUGUGUUUUUUGUAAUCAGAGAUAUUUCUAAACAGACAGAUUUAUAUCUCUUGUACAUUAGGCAGCCUUCUCUCAGCCAGCUCACUUGCCUGCUGCAACAGGCAGGGGGUGGAGGAUGGGGGGUGCGCAGCAUCACUCCAUGCUCCAUGCAGCAAGAGAUCACCCUGGCCUUUCUCUGGCAUGCAGUUACCCAUAGCUCCCUUUCAACUUUUCUUUAGCUGUUAAAAUCUGAAACUGUUAAUAGCAGUACAUUUGUCUUUUGUUUCACUCUGCAGUCCUCUUCCUUUCUCUGUUAUGUGCUCAACCCACUCUAACAACGUGAAACUUUUAAUAUAGCAGGAAGAAUACUUUUCCUCAUUUUACUUUCAGUGACACACUGGCAGGGCAGAAAGGAUCUCACUGAUUUAUCUGCUCAGGGAGAAUAAGGUCUCUAAACGAGCUGCACAGAUUAAGUAGCAGACAAAGGUUUUCCUUUGUGAUUCUCCAAACAGACAGUCUAUCUGUACAUUUCCCUUUCAUUUCAUUAUUUUUGUCUAAUGAUUGACAAUUCAAAAUAAUCUAAAAAAAAUGCAGUUUUUUGGAACAUUUUUAUCUGACAUUUUCAGAUGACUAACUUUCUAUUUUACCUAUAUGUGAUCAGAUUUUGUCUUUAUAAAACAGCUGAAUGAACAUUCUCCAAGAACAGAGACUCCAUAUUUAAGUUAGAGGCUAAAGGACAUAAAUUAUUUACAUUAUUUGAAAAUAAAAAUUCCCUUGUAUGACCUCUCUACAUAAAUGCACAGGUACGUACGAACACACUAUCAUGUUUUUGGGUUCUACCGUGUGUACAAGAAACCUAAAGCACAGACUGUACUGUAUAAUCAUUCAUUCACAACCAUCUGUUAUCUUAAUGAUUAUGAUAAUCAUUGUAGUUUAUUAUGUUUACCAUAUAUAUGAAUAUGUGACUGGUGGAGGAGUAUAAAGGACUUUGUAUUCCCUCAAUGUACAAUACUGUGUAAAUAUUGUUGUUUUCCAAAAAAAAAAGAAAGUGUAUUUAUUUCCCGGAAUACAAUUUGGAUUUCUUUAUUUUAUUUCCAUGUAUAAAAUGCUGUACUAUUUUUGGACAUAAGCAUUGCCUCAUUUAGUAGGAACAUUUUUAGAAAUACAAACCACCUUGAAGUAUCUUGUUCUGUGUGCUCAACAUUUUCAGGUUUGUACUUCUCUGCUGUAAUACAAUCUGUUGUAUUUAAAAAUAAAAAGGUCUAUUUAUUGAGA